AUGUUCCGAAACGUAGUAAGAAAAUUUGCGUCCUCAAGCGUACGCUCGGUGCCUACUUUUAAUGUUGCAAUAGUUGGAACUGGUCCUGCUGGAUUUUAUACUGCACAUCACUUGUUGAAUAAGUCAUCUCCAAAAGAUCAAUUCGUACUAAAUGUAGACUUUUUCGAGAAGAAUCCGGUUCCAUAUGGCUUAAGUAGAUAUGGUGUAGCACCAGACCACCCAGAAGUUAAAAAUUGUGAAGAGUACCUUGACAAUAUCAUGUCUAAGUAUGGAAGCAAUUCGGCGACCGAUGGUGAUCAACAGCUAGAACAGAACUCACUGCACAGGGUCAGAUUUUUUGGUAAUGUAGAGAUUGGUAAAGACAUUACUCUUCAAGACCUUGAAGAGAAAUACCACUCGAUAAUAUUGUCAUAUGGAUGUACCCAUAGUGACAACAAGUUGCUGGUGCCUGGUGCGGAUCUUAAGGGAAUAAUAUCGGCUCGUGAAUUCGUUAGCUGGUAUAAUGGUAGUGUAGACUUUCAUGAAAGUGGACUCAAACCCCCUCCUUUAGAUAAAGUUGAUACUGUCACCAUUAUUGGUAACGGUAAUGUGGCCCUAGAUGUAGCAAGAGUACUUUUAGCGGAUCCUGACAGCCACUGGACCAAAACUGAUAUCUCCGUAAGUGCCUUGGAACAUUUAAGGAAAUCUACCGUUAAGAAGGUUAAUAUUGUAGCUAGAAGGGGAAUACUUGAAUCUGCAUUUUCAAAUAAGGAAAUUAGAGAAUUGUUAGAAUUAUCUAAUGGUACCAAUAUAAAGUUCUUGCCAAUAGACGAUAAGUUAACAGAUGAGAUUCGUCCAAAUGUCAAAUCUUUAAAUAGAAUUGACAAGAGGAAGUUUCAAUUGCUUGAUAAAUAUUCAAAAUUAGAACAAAAUACCGAUAUUGAAGUAACCAAAUCUUGGGAACUUAUCUAUUUAAGGUCUCCUAUUGAAUUCAUAGGUAAUAACCUUAAUUCUGUCUCGGAAACCAAAUUUGUUUUAAACUAUUUAGAGAAGGAUUCUUUCACGGGUUCUGUUAAAGUUUCAAAGACAAGCGAAACUGAAAUCAUCAAAAAUGAACUAGUUAUUUUAUCUAUAGGAUACCAAGGUAUCCCACUUGAAGAAUUUGAAGAAUUAGAUAUAUCCUUCGACAGAAAUAGAAUAUUGAACAAUGAAGGAAGAAUCCUCUCUUCUUCCAACUCAGGAGGUGAGUCUCUGCAUAAACUUGUAUAUAGACCUGGAUGGUAUACCUCAGGAUGGAUUAAAAAUGGCCCAAAGGGUGUAAUAGCAACAACAAUGAUGGAGUCAUUUGAAACGGCUGAUAGUGUGCUAGAAGAUUUGAGCAAUAAUAUAAAGACAGAAGGGCCUGAGAACCUAAAAGUAGGAGUCAAUGGCUUGCCUGAAGAAUCUAGGGGAGUAUCAUGGCAAGAGUGGAAAAAGAUUGACCAAUUUGAAAGAAAUCUCGGAAAGGAACAUGGGAAAGAAAGAACAAAGAUUGAAAGUAAAGAAGAGUUGUUGCAAAUUGCUCAUGACUUGAAAAACUAA